UAGUGCAUGUCAUGUUGCCGUCACACAAAACGGCUAUGAGAAAUCUUAUCUUGGUCUAGUGACCAGGAAUAUAUGGAUGUAAUGUUUUAAUCUCAAGUCAAGCCUUGGUAUCAAAUCUAAACGGAUCCUUGGAAAACGGUUUUCAAAAGUUUAUAUUUAAAAACUUGUUCAUGUAUAGGAAGAAGAAAACCAUUGCCAGUAAUCGUCGCCAGUAUUGUUGCUUCUGUUACUGUCUGCGCGGUGCUUGUAGCUAUUGGCUACUACUUCCCAGGCACGAGGAGAUCAUCACGAAACAAGCAUAAAGUCCAGGGAGAAGAAAAGAAUGCUAGAAAUGAUAUAGCAGCUGUUGAGUCCUUGCAACUGGACUUGGAAACUAUUGAAACUGCAACAAGCAAGUUUUCUGAUAGUAAUAGGUUAGGUCAAGGCGGAUUUGGUAAGUUUUCAAGGUAUGAAACUUUACACACACACACACACACCAGGUGUGCUUAGCAUAAUUCCUACAUAUACCUGACAGGGAUAUAUAUUUUUCAGUGAACGCUUGGUGUUAAUGGACAAGAAAUAGCAGUAAAGAGGUUGUCGAAAAGCUCGGUGCAAGGUGUACAAGAGCUUAAGAAUGAACUUCUAUUGAUAGCCAAGCUUCAGCACAGAAAUCUAGUGAAGCUUCUGGGAUUUUGCUUGGAAGGAGAAGAAACCAUACUUGUCUAUGAAUAUGUGCCUGACAAAAGUCUUGAUUGUUUUCUAAAUGGUGUAUAAAUGCAUAUAUGUGUGUGGUUUGUUUGUUAACUGUCUGUUAUUUCUUGCAUAUAUUAUUGCUUACUACUCUUUGUUUGCCGAUUAAUGUGAGUAUAGAAUUGAAAAAACGAGAACAAUUGGAUUGGUCGAGACAUUGCAUGAUAAUAGGAGGAAUAGCUCAAGAAAUUCUAUAUCUUCAUGAAGAUUCAAGGCUUAGAGUUAUACAUCGCGAUUUGAAACCGAGCAAUAUCCUAUUAGAUGUUAAUAUGAAUCCAAAAAUAUCAAACUUUGGGAUGGCUAGAAUGUUUGGAGUUGAUGAUCAAACUGAAGGAAACACGAGAAGAAUUGACGGUACUUAGUUUCUUGAACUUAAUUAUACCUCUAUGCUUAGUCUCAAACAACUUAUUUAUAUACCUAUAUAUAUUGACUUUGAUAACUCAUCUUUGAUUGCAACUAUUUUGGAUGUGCAAUUAGUGGUUACAUGACUCCCGAAUAUGCUAUGGGCGGGUUUUGCUCCAUAAAAUCAAAUGUUUUUAGCUUCGGCGUACUCUUGCUUGAGAUCGUAACUGGGAGAAGGAACUUUUUAGGCUUUCAUCUCACAGAUACUGCAGCUACUCUUUUAGCACAUGCUUGGCAGUUGUGGAAUGAAGGGAAAGUGUUGGAGCUGAUGGAUCCAUUGUUGAAAGAUUCAUGCAGCGCAGACGAAUUUUCGAGAUACAUCCAUAUGGGAUUAUUAUGUGUUCAACAAGAUGCCAAUCAUAGGCCAACCAUGUCAUCAGUUGCUCUAAUGAUGAAAACUGAAACAAAUAGUUUUUCCAAACCCGAGCAACCAGCCUUCUUUGCCGGAAGAUCUACUGCUCACCGACAUCAAACAAGUGCUCAUAGUUGGUCUGCAAAUGGUUUGACGAUUUCAGAAGAUGUCCCGCGUAGAGAAUUUGCUGCAGCGACGAUGGCUUGCACGAUCAACAAAUUGUCACCAAUUGUAGAUAACCGGUCUAUAGUAUAA